AUUCCGUUCCGCUUGCCAAACGAACCACCGACCAGAAUCGUCACCCAAACUCUUCGGGUGACAUUGGCCAAAGUAGAUCAGCAAGGCGAGGCAACAGAAUUGUUACGUCUGUGCCACCAUCCGUUUGUUUAUGGACGGUCGGCUGAGUUUGACCUUAUCUUUGCCUGCAGAAACUUUGAUUUUCUCGGAAAGUACUUUAAGGUGCACGCAGUGGACAUGCUGGGGUGGGGCGCAUCAAGCAGGCCGGAGUUUACACCGAAAAAUACAGAAGAGACGGAGGCCUUCUUUGUUGAUUCUUUGGAGGAGUGGCGGAAGGCGAUGAAAAUUGAAAAGAUGGUACUCAUGGGCCACUCGUUUGGGGGUUAUAUGUCGGCGCAAUACGCACUUAAGUAUCCAGACCACAUACAACACCUCAUCCUAGUUGGGUGCGCGGGGGUAGGGCACGCGGGGGAGACCUUGGACAACUUUAAGAAGACGUGGAAGGGCUCUCUAGCGAACUUCAUCUGGGAGAGCAACGUGACUCCCCAGGGCUUUAUCAGGUCGAUUGGUCCCAUAGGCCCCCGGUUUGUAAGGGGUUAUACCAGCGCCCGGUUUGGAAGCCGCGCCCAGGGGGAGCCGUUCACCGAUCGCGAGCGGGACUUGUUUACUGAGUACAUGUACCACACGAUUGCGGCAAGGGGUAGCGGAGAACUCGCCCUCAAGUACAUAUUCCAACUAGGGGCGUACGCCAGGAAACCACUAUUGGACAAGGUUGCCGAUUUGAAAGUACCGACCACUUUCAUCUACGGCAUGCAAGACUGGAUGGACUACCGGGCAGGCGAGUUGGCGACCAAAACGAUGACUGUCCCGGGGGAAGUCAUCCGAGUACCCACUGCUGGGCACUACGUUUUCAUGGACAACGCGCCCGCGUUCCACUCGGCGGUUCUCACCGCCUGUCGAAAGUUUGUGGACGUCGACGGGAAGGUCAAAACGGAUCUUGCGGAAGCGUCGCGGAAGGUCACAGAGGAGUUUGCGACAAGACAAGCGGAGUUGGCGGCGGCGAAAGGGCAACCGGAGCAAUUGCAGCCGGUGAAUAGGUUUGAGAGUCAGGAUGAAGUCAUGGCGUGGAAUAAUAAGCGACCGGCGCUUGCAAAAUUCUUCCGACCGUACCAUGGGGAAAUUGGGUCGCCGGCACCCGAACCCACCAUGGCU